CUACAUCGACGCAGUCAUCAUCACAUUCAGAUCUGUGACAGCAGUCUGACACUCACACAGAACACAUUCUGCAAACUCUGCGCAAUGACAUGAUGCAGGACGUUUCGGAAAACGCGAAGAACCAUAUUUGAUGCCAGAUUGUGAAAUUGCCCAGUGACCGAUCCAUCAGACAGACACCAUGACAGCCGUGAACACCCCACGAGACAGGUACAAUGCCGUAUGGAUCAUAUUCUUCAUCCUGGGAUUGGGAACUCUCCUACCGUGGAAUUUCUUCAUGACUGCCACCAUGUAUUUCACCCAACGUUUGAAGGACCCACAAAUCAAUGGAGUACACAAUCUGACAGCCAAUGGGACGGAGGGUCGUAACGUCCUAGAGUCAAAGUUCAACAAUGUGAUGACACUGUGCGCCAUGGUACCGCUGCUCAUUUUCACUUGCCUCAACUCCUUCAUCCAUCAGAGGAUCCCUCAGAAGUUGAGGAUCUCAGGCAGUCUGUCUGUCAUUCUGGUGGUGUUUCUCAUCACAGCGGUACUGGUGAAAGUGGAGAUGGCCCCCCUCCCCUUCUUUGCUGUCACUAUGAUCAAAAUCAUCUGCAUCAACUCAUUCGGGGCAAUUCUGCAAGGGAGUCUGUUUGGUUUGGCUGGAAUGCUCCCAGCGUCCUACACUACGCCCAUCAUGAGCGGGCAAGGGCUGGCAGGAACGUUUGCCGCCUUCUCCAUGAUCUGUGCGAUCGCAUCUGGCUCAGCUUUACAGGACAGUGCUUUCGGCUACUUCAUCACCGCCUGCGUUGUUAUUCUCCUGGCCAUAGUUUCUUACUUCGCCCUGCCCAAACUGGAGUUUUUCCAGUGGUACUCUGAGAGCAAUGGCUCUCGGCCCAGCGCAGAUGAGGAAAACAAGAUGGAUCUGCUGAAACCAGAAAGUGAAGCAGAGAAGAGGCCGGUCCUGAGUCUGACUGAUGAAGAGACCAAACCCGCUGUGUCAGUGUUUGGCAUCUUUAAACAGAUCUGGGUGAUGGCUCUUUCCGUAUGCUUUGUUUUCGCCGUCACGAUUGGCACCUUCCCAGCUGUCACUGUUGAUGUCAAGUCCACUAUUGCCAAUGGAAGUGCAUGGGAAAAGUAUUUCAUCCCUGUGUCCUGUUUCCUCCUGUUCAAUGUGAUGGACUGGGCCGGCAGGAGCCUGACUGCUGUUUGUAUGUGGCCUGGUAAAGACAGCAUCGUGCUGCCCAUCCUGGUCAUCGCUCGCGUGUUGUUCAUCCCUCUCUUCCUCCUCUGCAACGUUCAGCCCAGAUACACCCUGCCCGUGUGGUUCGCUCACGACUCCUGGUACAUCAUUUUCAUGAUCCUCUUCUCCUUUAGCAACGGAUAUCUGGCCAGUCUCUGCAUGUGCUUCGGACCAAAGAAAGUCUCCCAGCAGGAAGCAGAAACUGCAGGAGCCAUCAUGGCAUUUUUCCUCUCUCUCGGCUUGGCAUUGGGAGCCGCGUUAUCUUUCGGCUUCCGGGCCAUGAUCUAGUUCUCAGGAUGAGGAAGAGGAACUUUAACCCUAGUUGUACACAGAGCCAGAGAGAAAGUUUUCAUACUGCACAUAUAUCCAUUUGCCCCUCUUGUGUCUCUUGGAGAACUGCAUAUGUCAUCUUGAAUAGACUGGAUUCACAUGAGGAUUAGAGGAUCAUUAUGAUGUCAUCAUCAAGCCAAAAACUGUCUGCAUUUUUGUGUACUUGUAUAUUGUGCCAUUUCAGUAUUUAGCAAUAAUGUAUAGGUCAGGUUAACACGUUCCUGUUUUAGUUUUUAAAAUGUUUUUGUAGGUAUUAACGGUUUUAAUUGCCCUGUUUUAGUUUUGUUUAGUGAGACUUGCAGCUAUUAGGGCAGUAGUUUACUGUAAAAAAAAAAAAAAAAGAUUUUCUUGCUUAGUAUUUUUGCCUACUUUUCCAUUAAAAAUUGGAAAUCAAGAUGAAUUUGAGAAGGGAUAUUGCUGAAGCUUUAAAGUCCCCUUGUAGGCAAUCAUUGUAUCCCUUAAAACUCAUCUUUGUUCAACAAAAUUACAUUCAAAGUUUUUUCUUUAAAAAUUAUUCAUGCCUUAAAAUAGCUUGAAUGUAACCUUGCCUCAUUUAGUAUACGUGGUUCUAUGAACAAUCAGCAGAGCCCCGCCUCCACUCACUCACUGACUCAGGUCAGAGAUCCACGUGACGAUCGCAUGUUGAUCUGAUUGGUUACAAGGUAGUUUGUGUCAUCAGAAACACCAGUGUGACGGGCAUAUAAACAACAUUAAAAACUUGAUUUUCACCAUGUAUUGUUAAAAUUAAGUUUAUGCUUAAAACUAAAAAUCCCCAUGAAUUAAGUUUAAUUUAUUUGAUACCAUUGGCAGAUAUUUUUUUCUAGUUUUAAGCAUGAACUUGGUGAGAUGUUUCAGAAAACAAGACUUUUUGAUAUAAGAAUGUUUAGAUAUUUGAAAACAAGACAAAAAUACUGUAAGAAAAUCAUUUUGCAGUGGUUCUAGAUAAACCGUACUGUAUCACACAUUAAAGGGCCCCAAUUGAAGUUUAUAGUGGUGUUUUGAAUGUUAAAAUAAGUUUAGAUGUCUGCUAUUCAUGUUGUCAGCUGCAUGUAUUUGAUUUGAAUGUUUUUCAAAGAGUGAAGGUUUAAAUUUUAACUUUUGUCAUUAUUUAUACUGUUGUUUUUUAACAGCAUUUUUGUAUUCAAUGUUUUAAUGCAGCCUGUACACAGCGUGACAAAUUUUAACAUUAUGUUAAUGCACAACUUGCUUUGCUGACUUUUGAAUGGGAUGUUUUCCCAAAAAUGUUCAAAAUGUAAAUGUGUGGCGGUGUGGGUGAUUCUGACUGGACAGGGUAGAAAUAAACACUUCUGUUUGUUCUUUUGAUGAUAA